AUUCAUUUGAAGAAGCACAAAGGUGCUACUUUGUAUUCAUUUACAUAAUAAUAUAAAAGUGUGAAAUUGUGAAACAAGAAUGUGUGUGAAAAGUUGCUCAAUUGAGUUCGUAUUUCAGAAAAAUGGAAGGCAAAAACACUAAUUUCCAUUGAUCAAUUAUUUAUUGAGUCUAAUGAACGCACCCAUUAGCUAAAUAUAGUCAAUGACAGCAUGAAUUUGAACAGCCUAUUUUUGAAAGCAACUUUUAAAACUAAAUUAGUUAAAUUAUAAAUAAUUGGAGUUAAAAUGAUAUCGUUAAUUAUGAUUAGACAAUAUUAAAAAAAUUAAAGGAAAGAAAUAAAAGUUAGAAUAUCCAUUUUUAUUUUGAAUGUGAAUUGAUAGAAGCGCCACCACUGUGGCUUGUUUUGAAAGAAUUAUUACCAAAGAGAAAGUGCAGAAAAUUAGUUGAAAGGUUGAAGUUUUAUGCAAAAAUAAAUCAAAAUUGAGAAUAACAUGACUACCCUUAACAACAUAAACGACUCAAUACUUGAUGAAAAUGAACAUUUAAAUUCAAAUUCUGAAAGUACGACAACAAAAGAAGAAGUUGUAGACUAUGACGAUAGUAGUACAAGCACUAAUUUUGAAUAUGAAUCCUACACGAAAUUUCAAUUAAAAAUUGAAAAAGUUGAAACAUGCAAUAAAUUUAAUAAAUGUCGAGUUUGUGAGAAAAUUUUUGUAAAUGCUGAUGCUUUACAAUCACAUGAACGAACAGCACACAUAAAUGAAAGAGCAGCAGCUGUACAUGACGAAUCUUCAUCCAGUUCAAGUUCUUCGUCUGCUGAAACAUAUGCAAGUACCGAAGAAGCAUCAAAGAGUUCCAAUGGAUACGUAAAACAGUAUGAAGAGGUUCCAAGACUGAAACCAUAUGUGUGUACACAUUGCGAUCGAACAUUCUUAACAAGUUCCAAUCUAAAAGUACACAUACGGACACACACCGGUGAAAGGCCCUAUAAAUGUUAUUAUUGUGAUAUGAGUUUCUCACAAUCGAGUGCACUGAAAGGUCACAUACGUAUUCAUACUGGUGAGAAACCAUUCAGAUGUGAUAUUUGUGAGCAGACAUUUACGCACCCACAUUCCUUAAAAAUUCAUCAGAGAACACAUAUAAUUGAUAAACCGUAUAAAUGUAGUCAAUGCGAUCAAGCAUUCUCUCAACCGGAUUCACUCAAGAUACAUACUAGCAUACAUGUGGUCGCUGAAAGACCUAUUUUCCAAUUUAGUUUUUUCAAUUCUCAAUAUGAUGAUGAUAUAGCUGAUGUCGUUGAAAAUCAUUUUAAUUCAACACCUGUCGUAGAAAAUGUAUAUAUCGAACAACCUUUACCAAUAGAGAUUCCAGUAAUUCCACCACCUUCAUCGCCAAUAAUAACACCUAACAACACAUCAAUAACGUCAGUGACAUCGGUAACACCAACGUCUCAACAAAAAGAAAAACCAUUUAAAUGUAACAUUUGCGAUAAACGUUGCGUAACUAAAGCCAAUCUAAAAAUACACGAACGAACACAUACCGGUGAAAAACCAUACAAAUGUGACACUUGCGGAAAAUCAUUCUCGCAAUCAAGUAGCUUAAAAGCACAUGAAACAAGUCAUACCGGUGAUAAACCAUUCAAAUGUCGAUAUUGUGACCAUACAUCAGCCCGUAAACAAUGGCUACAAGUUCAUGAGAGAAUACAUACCGGUGAGAAACCGUUCAAAUGUGAUGUGUGCCAGAAAGCAUUCGCUCAAUCCAGUACGUUGAAUCUACAUAAACGUACGCAUAUGAAAGAUAAAAAUUAUAGUCCUGUUGAAGUUAGUCAAAGUCCAUCCUAUAGUGAAGAUGCAGAAUUAGAAAAACGUAAACAAUUAGCAAUAGAGCUUGGUUUAAAUGAUGGAGUUUCAUUUAUGAAUUUUUUGUAACAGAUGUGUCGUAAUCAAAGUUCUUGGAACAUUCUCUAUUCUAAUAUUCAUGUGAAAAUUAACU